CAACGUUAAACUUCACAGAGUAUCAUGAUGACACCAGAAAUCGAUCCCGGUCUACCCGAAUGGAUAACCAUCGAUUAUAUACAAGAUAAAUUGAUUAAGCGCCAUAACGAUGACAGUAUUAAGGUGACAAAAAUCAGUGGCAAGUCUGCCAGUGGAAAGGGUGAAAAUUACACUAGUGCCAUAUUGCGCAUAAAGGUGACCUAUGUUAGCAAUACAAUUGUGGAACCCAGAACCGAUUCGUUUGUCAUCAAGAUGACCUUCCAAGGAGAAGGUAUUGAGGGACAGGUUCUAGGUCAAUACAAUGUGAUUCAGUGUGAAAUUGAUGUUUAUCGUUAUGUGAUGCCACGCUUAGAUGCUCUUAUGCAGGAGCUAGGUGAUGAUGAUCAAAUUUUUGCCAAAACCUUGUAUGUGGAUGAUAAACAGGGUGCGAUUAUUUUUGAUGAUUUGGUAGCCAGAGAUUUUGCAGUUGCCAAUCGUGUGGCACGUUUAGAUACUACACAUGUGCACAUGGCUUUGCGUAAAUUGGCUAAAAUUCAUGCCUGUGGCGCUGUGCUAAACGAACGCGAUCCAGAAUUCUUUAAGGUCCACACAUUUGAUCAUGGUUUUUACAAUCGCCAUACUCAAGGUUUUAAGCCCAUGAUGUGUGGUAUAAUUACCGCUCUUUCUCAUUAUGUAAACAGUCGUCCUGAUCUCAAGGCCAAAUAUGGCAAGAAAUGUGAAGGUUUAAUAGAUCGUAUCAUGGAAGAUACUGUAAAGUCUUUUGAUCCCGACGACAGACAUUUCAUGACAUUUGCUCAUGGCGAUUAUUGGACAAAUAACAUGAUGUUCCAGUAUCCCAAUGGUAUCGAUCAAGAACCAUCGGAUGUUUGUCCUUUGGAUUUACAGCUUUGUGUAUGGGGUCAUCCUGCCAUUGAUUUGCAUUAUUUCUUUAAUACCUCUUUGAAGGAGGAUCUACGUUUGAACAAUCAACAGGAGUUCAUUAAAUACUACUAUGAUAUUUUGGAGAGCACCUUGAAAGCUUUGAAGUUCAAAGGCCGUUUGCCUACAUUGUUCCAAUUCAAUUUGGAAGUACAAUCUCGUAAAUUUUUGGCCAUUAACGCCUCAUUUGUUUUCCAAGCUCUAAUGUUGAAUACAAAUACGGAACAUGCUGAGUUCAGUACUUUAGUAAAUGAGGAAGAAGUUGGAAUUAAAUUUAAGGAUUCAUUAUAUUUUGAUAAUGAACUGAUGCAAAAGACUGUUGAACUUUUACUGCCUAUUUAUGAUAAUUUAGGUCUUUUAGAUCCCUUGGAAUAAACAAUCCAAAAUUAUUUAUAUACAUAUGUUAAAUAAAUGUACUUAGAAUUAUGAAAAAUAUAUUUAAAAAAAUAUAAGUCUUUUACCAAAAAUAUUGCUGUAAUGGUAAACAAUCAAA